UUUUAAGUAUCUUCGAGCUGAACCUGAGGAUCAUUAUUUUUUAAUGCUUUAAAUAUGUGCGGUUUAGCCAUACUUACUGACAUGGAAAAAUGCACAACAUAUUGCUGAGUGACAAAAAACAGACAGAACCUCCGCUGAAUACACCGGAAAACAGAGAGUAUCUUGCAGAAAUUAUGUUUGAGUCGUUUAACGUGCCGGGGCUCUACAUCGCAGUCCAGGCGGUGCUGGCCUUAGCAGCGUCUUGGACGUCUCGGCAAGUUGGCGAACGCACGUUAACAGGGACCGUCAUCGACAGCGGGGACGGGGUCACCCACGCAAUCCCAGUGGCAGAAGGCUACGUCAUCGGAAGCUGCAUCAAGCACAUCCCGAUCGCAGGGAGAGACAUCACCUACUUCAUCCAGCAGCUGCUGAGGGACCGGGAGGUGGGAGUCCCUCCUGAGCAGUCCCUGGAGACUGCAAAAGCCGUUAAGGAGAAAUACUGUUACAUUUGUCCUGACAUAGUCAAGGAGUUUGCCAAGUAUGACGUGGAUCCCCGGAAGUGGAUCAAGCAGUACACGGGGAUCAACGCAAUCAACCAGAAGAAGUUCGUUAUAGACGUCGGCUACGAAAGGUUCCUAGGACCUGAGAUUUUCUUUCACCCAGAGUUUGCUAACCCGGAUUUCAUGGAGUCCAUCUCGGACGUCGUCGACGAGGUGAUACAGAACUGCCCCAUCGACGUGCGUCGCCCGCUGUACAAGAAAAGGAAACCAGAGACGGAUUGGAGCGUUCAUUCAGGACAGUGGCGCGUCUCCUCUCCCGGCCGCUUCAGCCUCGCUGGACGGUGGCCCUGUCUCGGCCGCGAGGACACAGGGCGAGGCGCACGGGACGCGAAACUCCGGCCAGCGGGCAGGGACGGCUCACGGUGGGCCUUGUUCUCACCCGACACGUCGUUCACUCUCAAUGGGUUUAUGGGAUUCUUGAAGUGGAGCUGGCCUUGGACAUAGUGGUGACUGGGCCCUUUAUCUAACAGACGACACAGCCCCUGAGGUGGAGAGAGGAGGCAAAACGGGGUUCCGGGUGAAAUGCAGCAAACUGGCCUUAGACUUUUUUGGGGGUCCUGCUUGUCCAGGUCACUUGUCCAGGAUCCCCUGGAAGAGUCGGCCUCUUGUCUCCCGCCGGGUAGGGCGUCCGCUCCUUCCUGUUUGACUAGUAAUUCCACUGUGACGUCGUCGUCAGUGUUGGAAUUAUGAUGUUAUGAAUAACACUGUGCUAAGUGUGAAGUCAAAACAAAGCAAUAUGCACGGCCCCUGCCCUCGAGAGAGCUCUAUGAAAUGGUAAGACAGGGCAGGCACGUGAGAACGACGCGCAGCACGGGCCACACGCGCACGUGCGUGCAGCUGUGGUGUCGGCGUGCGGCGAGAGUGAGCGAGGCUGCGUUCGUGUGCUGGCCGUCACCUGCUGCCCUGUGUUUGGAGGGGCCGUCUCGGGCGCUGGUGAGGUGAACGCAGCAGGUCCCUGUGAGUCGCUGGCCGAGGACGGGAGAGCGGGAUCCGGGGCGGAGAAGCGGCAAGGAAGGUGCGGGCGGCUGAGGUCACCCAGCGCGGCUCAGCCCACAGGCACGGGGCGCCCGGCGUCGUUCAAGUCCAGCGUCUCUGUCAACCCUGUACUUAGGAAGUUGGGGAAAAUGACUGACUUUCUACAUGUAAUAUUUUUAAAUGAUAAGAAAUUUAAAAUUUGCUUUUUUGUGUGGUUAAAUGCUCUGCAGGUGUUUUAUUAUUGUUGUUCAGAAACAAUCUUGAGCUUCUCCAAUUGUGAUCAGAUUCUAUUUGAAGAAACCAUGUUUCCGCAGGCUUUUACAAGCUCACUUAUUAACCUAUUUCCCGUUUAGAAAAAAAAGUGCCGUUCGCGGCCAGCGUUCAUUUAAUUUUCCAUAAACACGCUCUUUGAGGCUGAAGCGAAUCUGACUGGUGUUCAGUGUGAAAAUAAAAUAUAAAAACCAUCCUUGGGGUUAUUUCUAAACAGAACUUGUCUGUCUUCCUGAUGAAACAGAGAGGUGCACAUAAACCGAUGCGCCAGAUGCAUCGUCAGUGACGACUGUUCGAGAACGAUGUUCACGUCACGCAUAGGGAGGCCACGUUUUCUAGGAUGUCACGUUUUCAGCGACCGAGAAUUACUGUGUUUUGUAAAUGGGAUCGCCAGUGCUAAAAACAGAAUGCGAUAAAUAGAAUGACGUCGUCUGUUCCCAAAGACCAUCGAUACACCGGAGCGAUGCGAACAUAAUGGUGAAAGCGAGGUGUUCCGUGGCAGACUUUGGGGUGAGGUCGGGCUGUGAUCCGCGAGUUAUCUCGGGGUGAACGCCGAGGCCACACGUGCCGCUCGCGAGUAUUCUCAGGGCAAAUAGGUGCAGUUUAUUUGGGGAGUGUUUAUAUGUGUGCAGACUGGCCUGAACUCCUUCCUCACAGCCAUCUCGGAGGGAGGUGGCCCGAGGCACCUGCCCGCCGGCACCGCUGUCUGCUGAGGCCGUUACCGCAGGGACUUGGAUGGGCACUUAGAACGCACACGUCACUUCAUCCUCCCACAUGUCUGUCGAGGCUGAUAACCUCCUCCUUUGCAGAUCGGAAAACUGAGUGUCAGCAGGUUGAGAGCUACGUGAAGUCACGUGGCCGCUCAGUGAGGUUUCGAGGGCUUUCUCCACGUCUGUGAACCCUCACGCCUGGCAGGUAUUUAAACUGAGGAAAGGCGAAGACUCCAGAGAGGGGGCCCUGUCCUGACCGCCUCCCCAGGCGGCAGCCUUCCCUGUGGUCUGGAAGGGUCCGGCGUGGCCCACCCGGUCGUCCGCUGCGUGGGCCGGGCCGUGCGCGUUCCUGCGGGAGGAGCCUCUGCAGCCUCGCACGUGGUCCAGCAUUUAGGGGGUCACCGGAGGAGGCCUGGACGUGGGGAGCUGGCCAUGCUUUCCUCUGUCGUGCAGCUAGGCUCUUCCCUGUGGAUGGAGGAGUGACAGGUGGGACUGCACCCCUUUGCCUCCUUAGAAGCGGUCCCAGUGGACCGGAAUGAGUCAUGGGGAACACCAGCCCUGAAAUCUCUGGGACCGUCCCGUGGGGGUGCCACCUGGGACAUCGCCUCACCGGCCCCCUCGGGGGCAGCCAGCUGUCAGUCCACCUCUGCUGCGGAGUCACAGACUGCUCGGCUGGUGCCCUGCUGACUCGGCUUCUGGGAGCUGUUGCGAGCGUCCCAGGCAGGCCCUGCAGGCUGCUCCUGGUGCGUCUCCGCCGAGUGGCCUCGCUGUCCGGGUCACUCUAUUUGGGUCCCGGUUUCUCGAAUCCUCCUGAGUGUGGACAUGAGCCGGUCACGGAAGGGACCUUCGACUUCCGCUCUGAGUCCGUGAAGUGCCGACGUGCAGGACCGUGGGCUUUCGGAAACAUCUGAGCUCUUCUUCUCGGUGGGGGGCGCGGCGGCACCUCUGCAGCAGGCGCGGCCGCCCGGCCCUGAGCGCGGAGCUUCAGAGGCGCUCGGGCAGCGUCCUCCCUCUACUGCUCGCCGCUGCGCCAUCGCCGUGUCCUCUGUCACCACGUUCCCCCUGCCUGCCAGGCCUGGUCUCCGCAGAGGUCCAGGCACCCGCCCCAGGCUUGGCGGCUGCUCAGCGGACCCGCGAAGAGGUAGGAAGCACGGGCCAUGCCCAGCGAAACUCACGGUUGAAAAUGGGAGGCAGCACAUCUGUUGAGCCCUGCUCCAGGAGUGCAGAUGCUGGGUCCCUGACCCCUCUCACCAUGCACCGUCCCCGAAACCCCCACAGCCCUUACGUGGGCAGCUGUGGUGGCUGAAUGGGCUGCAGUGGAACCCAGAGGCCAGCAGGAAGGAGUUCUGACCCAGCUCCUUGGCGCCGAGGGUCUGCUGUUUCUGGAAGAAGCCCCGCUCCACCCCACCCUGCCACGCCUGCUCCUAGAGGCGUCUGGACCCCGGGCCAGGACCUGGCACUUCCCAGACUCAGUCUGGGUGACCGCUAGUGGAGUUCCCUGUGAGGGAGCCGGUAGGAGGAGCUCACCUCAUCCCCACCGAAAGCAUCGGUCACCUUCCUGGUCGUGAGGUGCCACCUCACUCUGGGUAAUGGACGGGAACACGGAGACGGCGGACGAGUGAGAAUAAAAGGUGGCUUGGAAAAUUUAGAAUCUUUAAAAAAGCAAAACAACUGUUUUAGACGAAAGUAGCCAUGACUAGUUUUUACUUCGGUCUGGCCUUGGAGAAGAAAGGUGCUUACAGGCCUCCCUUCUCGUUCAGCCUCUAAGCGGGGUGGAGGGGCCUGCAGGGCACUCGUAGGAAAGGCACAUCUCGUAGGCCCGUGAUGUCCCAGAAGCCCAGUCAUGACGAGGAGCAGCUCGUUCUGAGCCCGGCUGCCCAGGGGCAUCACCCCAGGGAUUAAACGCACAGGUGUUGGGGUUCCUCCCCCGGAAAUUCUGGGCCUGGCAUCUGGAUUUUAAAAGCUUCCUGGAUGAUUCUAAUGUGCAAUUAAAUUGAGAACCACCGAGCUGGUUUAGCUGGUCAGCGUUUACUGAUUUUUAUGCUUCGCUCGAGGGCACAGCCAGUUUUCAGUCACUUCAUAAUGCAGCUGGAUGUCUUCAUUCCUGAAUUCUCUUUAUCCCUGUGCCUUCCAAACACAGGACACUGUUGUUGUUAAAUUAGAGGAUUUAAGUAAGUAGGAGAGGUGGUUCUUGUCUUCAAGAGCUUGUAAAAAGAUAAAAGUAAUACCGUAAUAAUUCUAAUGGGAACCACUACAAGCUGAAUGCCAUUAAAGUGAAUCAUGCAAAUUAUGGUAAUCGAGAGAAGGGGCAGAUUGUGUUUAAUUAGAGGGGCUCUGGAGAGGCUUCGAGAAGGGGGCAUUUGAGCGGAGUCUGAGGGCUGGGCCUGCAGAGGUGGCAGGGACACAAGCUGGGGGUUGGGGGGCCUUAAUGAGCAGAGACGGAAGUGGAGCGAAGGGCAGAAGUGUCAGGAGUCCGUCUGGGGCAGAGCCCAGCCUGGUGCUGGAGGCGGGGGGGACACACGGAGGAGGGCGUGGGGCCAGCGAGACCACAGUUUUGAAUGCUCUUUAGCAGUGGGUUGGGAGUUGUUAAAAAGUCUUGUUCACUAUGUUUGUCAAGCAGACGUAAAUACAUUUCGAUGAAGUUCGAGGAAUGACUCUCCUGUAACAGUAUUGCCUGAAUUGUGUGUGUAUGUUGCAAUUGGGCGUAUAUGUUAUAAUUUUUAAAAACUGCUCAGGCCCAACUAAAGUCACUGUUGGAAAGGGCAGGCAGCACAUCUGCUGAGUCCCGCUGGGUGACCGGACAGGUAAGGGGUCUCUCCGGGAGUGCAGGCCCACGGCCCCUGCCCGUCACCACGCUCUGCCCCCGUGUCCUUUUAAAUCAGGGAAGCAUGU